GAGAUCUUGAAUGGGGUAGGUCUCGUGACUGGUUCCACAGGCGGUAGACGCGCAUACAAGUACCGCGCGCAGGCACCUGGCACCCUGCCCUCGUCAACAUAAUCUUCUUCUUUGUGCCGUCGUACUGCACUCAUCUGAGUGCAGACAGAGAUCCGCAGUGUAUCACUGCCGUUACGCGUACAUAGCUUCCUGAAACACCGCAUCGUUCCGUCGCAUCACACUGCGCAAUUGUGGCCAUUGUUCGACUCGUCUACACCCUGCCACUUGUGGUCGAUAUGGCUCGCGACAGGCUGUCAAUGAAUGGAACACACCUUCACGGGCCCAAGGACGAUAUCUGGCGAUUUGACCUACCCAGUAGCAGGCCCCCACCACAGCUCUUCAAUGCAGUACCGCAUGAGAGCUUUUCCAACCAGGCUUCUUUCCUGAAACCAAAUCAAAUAACGGCAUCGACGCCACCUCAGCACGCGACCGAAGGCAUCGUGCAUAGCCGACCCAAUGCCACCCGUAUCACCAUCACCAAUCCCCAAAUGGACAAUACCACUGGCAAGGCGAUGAGCAUGCAACCGACUACAGGCGAAGCGACCAUAACCCUUGUGGACGACGCCUCUGAAGCCUACGUCUGGAUUAAACCCGAGAUAAUUCAGAACUCAACUACAAUUGACGAAGGGAAACCUGCGUUCCGAGGCACCCUUCGUAGGGUGACAAAUGGCCUUUCGUGUGAUGCGGACGAGGUCCUGGGAAAAUCGGCCGCUGUCAACGGGAUCAGGACUACCCUCCAGAGGGCACCAGGGGCUGGGCGACCGACAACCCACCAGCGCGUACCUUCGGGGAGCACGGAAUCCUCAGCGAGUCUUGAGAGUCUCCACAAGGGCGAUGUCCAAACCGGGGACGUGCGCGCCAGGCCCAGGACCUGGGCAAAUGUCGUGGCCACCCUGGAUCAACGUCAUGGCGGGAAGUGGAAGCGACCGCCUGUCUGGGGUGAGCCGAAGCUGAACACCACCGGAUGGCCGGUGUACUAGCGGUGAUACCAUGUGCUCGAGUCGGACGAGCCGUGACGAAGCGGUGUUAUGGGUUGUCGGGCGCGGC